AUGACCGUGAGCGCUAUACCAACCGAAGAUGAAUCCAAUAAAUAUUUGAAAAUGAAUUCUGGAAAUGAUAAGAAAAAAAACGAUGUGGAAUUAAAUUUUGAUGAUAAAAAAUGGCAGCAACAAUCACAUACCAAACCUAUUUUGACUUAUUUAUUGGGUCAACCUAAAAAACACGGAGGGAUUUCAAGUCCGGCACAACUUUUAUCACCUGAUCGCUAUGAAUUUUUCACUUUCGACGACGAUGGACAAAUCGUUAAAAAAUUAAUGUCGGUGAAAGAAAUACAAAAAAUAAUUGCGAAUAAUGAAAAGGGUACGGGAGGAGAACAGGGAGGAACGCCGAUUGAAUAUUAUCAAAUUUUAACGGUCACUCCCGAUGUUGAGUCGAUACCUUCGGUUAGCAGAAUUAAUCCGAACGAACCUUUGUUCAGUAUACACGACGUUAUAGCAAGUGUUCAAAACGUUUUAAAAUCUGAAAUAAAUUAUAAAAAUUCACAAUCUAAAACGAAUUACAAUGUCGAUGAUAAUUCUGAACAUUUUUCGAAAACGGAAAAAUCACCGACUUCGAAUGCAGCAGAAAAAGAAUCGCUGACUAGUGUAUCAACUUCGACCGAAAGUUCGAAUAAUGGAGAUCGAUCUGAAACGGAGAUUUUAAAUUUUAGAUCGCGUUCUACGACGGUUGGUGAGGUGGCACCAGAGGAAAUUGAAGUUACAACUGCCCUACCAGUGGUAACACAGAAGCAAGAAAUGGUUUUGUCGGAGACUGUAAAACCAUUACCUUUAGCUGUAUCUGUUGCUUCUAAAGAAUCCGUAACGCUUUCACCAUCGUCAUCAAUAUACACAUCUGCAUCUGAACCACCAUCUACUUUCUUCUCUGCUCAAGAUGAAACUACAUCUUUUUCGACGAGUGUUCCUUCCGAAUUCAAGUCCACAAAUUUACCACUUUCCCCAAUGAAAUUAAUUUCUACAGUAACCAAUUAUCCUUCAUCAGUUAAACCAAUCUCUUCGGUGGCAAGCUCUUCAAUUAAACCAGUUUCUUUUGAAACCAACUUUCCAUCUUCAGUUCAACCGGUUCCUACUGCAGCAAACUUUCCAUCUUCAGUUCAACCAAAUCCUGUAGCCACAAACUUUCCAUCUUCAGUUCAACCAAUUUCUACAAUAACAAAUUCUCCAUCUUCAUUUAAACUGAUUUCCACGGUCACAAAUUUUCCUUCUUCAGUUCUACCCCUUUCUACAGUUAGAAAUUCUCCUUCAACAGUUAAUCCGAUGUCCACUUCAGUAACCAAUUCUCCUUCUUCACAAAAUACAUUUUCCUUAGUGACAAAUCAUCCGUCUUCGUUAAAAUCAUUUGCUGCAGAAACAACAGCUAAACCAUUUUAUUCCGAGUCGUCUCCCUCAUCUGCUGUAACAUUCCUGUCUUCAUCCGUUUCAAAUUUUAAUCCGACAACUUAUCCGUCGUCACCUACUGAUUCAUCCUUUUUCCAAAAUACGACUACAUCCAAGUUAGAAUUAGCUCCCGCUUCUUUACACGAUGCACAUCCGGGUUAUACCUCGAACGAAACGUUUAUGGAAGUGCAACCAACACUGGUUGAAGCAAACUGGGGACUUGCAAACACUUCGGCUUCGGUAGAAAAUAAAAAUUUAACUUUUGUCAAAGUCGAAACAAUAGACAAAAAUUCAACUACCGGAACGGAAACGACAAACACUCCAAAAUCUGAAAAUUUGUUUACACCAGCAGAGCAAGUUUCUUUCACGCCCGAUUUGGCAAAUUCAGUUUCUAGUGUUUUGUGGCAAAUUGCAUCUGAAAAUGCUAUGUUAGACGACGCGAACAAAGCAACUGAACCCACAAUUAUAUACACUACAAAUCAAAAAAAGCCUUAUGAAACUUCCGAAGUAAAUAAUAAUGCUGAACACAAACCUUUGUUUUACUCUGUUGCAUCAGAUAUGACGGAAUCUACAUCAGCACCAACGGUUAAAAUUUCUGAAAAUCCAUUCACACUUUUGGAAAGUAUAUUAAGACCUCAAAACAAACCAAGACCGUUUCAGGUUAUGUCUACGACAGAAAAAAGAUCAACAGAUCCGGAUAAUUUAUUUUCAACAGUUUCUCCUCUGACUGAAGCAAAACUUCAAACCCAACCUAGCAGUGUAGUGAUCGUAACAGAACCAGAAGAAACCACGUUUAAAGUCGAGGAACAAAAUUACAAUAAUCAAUCAUCAAGUCAAAGUGGUGAAAUUUCUACAUCGACGACAACACCUUUCGUAGUUUCCGUAUCUCCCAACGUGGUAACACAAAGUCCGGAACAUCUAAAGCCAGUUACCGACCAAGUAAAAGUUCACUUAAAUCAAACUAAAACCGGUAACGACACGCAACAAACAAUUGAAGGAGUUACCAUAGUCCAAGAAGCCAACAUAGGUAAAAUACCAAGAACUACAGAAUUUCCCGGACAAGUGGUCAAAGAAAUUCUUAGAAAAGAUUCACCAGAUUUCAUUCUAAUGGACGAGGAUAGUUUAGAGCAUUCUGAAGGAAAUAUCGUAACCACCCAAGUACCCUACGUAGGAACAUCAACUCAAAUUUUAAAAGAAAAACCGGAACCGACGUCUCAAAGUACGAGCACGCCUGCACAAUCGACAGUUUUUGAAAAUACAAACCCAACGGCUGCUACUACAACUUUUCAAAACACAGACAAAGAUGGAGAAACAGCUGCUACGGAAAAAGUUUCGAUAACUUUUGUUCCAAUGAUGAUUAAAACGCCAUUCGAAUUUAAACAAGAAGAAAUUUUGAACAAAAGCGGCAAUUUAACUUUCGAACAGGAAAAAUUGACGACAACCGAAACGACAAAAGAUACAACAAUCGGUUUAACGGAAACUCCGAUACCAGAAGAAGGUUUAGAAUCGAAGGAAUUACCAGAAGACGAAGCAGAACUUAAAAGCAUUUUACCACUGAUAGCAUCCAGUUCGGAAUAUAAAGCAACGGUUUUAUCAGGAAAUCAAAAAAUAGAAUCGGAUAAAAAAGAUGUCGCGGGAAGUUUAAAACAAAGCGUACCACCUAAACCGACAUUUGGUAAACCUCAAAAACCUGUUUUUAAACCAAUAAAACCAAAACCCAUCGUGAAAGAAUCGGAAACUAAAAAACCGUAUGAAAAUCACUUACUUUCAUCACCGUCGGUACUCGAACUCGAAGCAGCUCCGGUUGAAAAUUUAGGUUUGGAAGCCACUGUCGUGCAUUUGGACAACGACGUCAAACAAUUUUCCGACUUGUGUAACGAAUUAGCGUUUAGCUUAUGGUCAAGUAUCACCCACAACGGUUUGAGCUUCGUGAGAAGCAUAGUACUCUCUCCAUUUGCGGUAACAUCUCUUCUCGCGAUGGUUUUCCUCGGUGCUAGAGGACCGACUUCCGGUCAAAUGAACGAUAUAUUGAGAUUAGACGACAUGGUUACGUUUAAUCCGCACUUGGUAUUUCGAAACGUAACCGAAUCGUUAGUUAUAUCGAGAAAUCCAGGAGUCGCCACAGCUGCAUUCGUCAGAGAAUUGUACAGUGAUAAGUCGAAAGGAAAAUUAUUAGAUUUUUAUAAAGAAAGAGUUCAGCAAUUUUAUGAUGGACACGUGGAAGAAAUCAAUUUUAAAGUUGUCGGUGAAACGUUAAGAAGACAAACCAAUCAUUUGGUUAAACGUCAAACCUGGGGUAAAAUAACGGAUUUUUUAAGAGGUUCCAUGUUAAUGCCACGACCUCCGUUGGCCGCUUUUAGUGCUAACAUAUUUCAGACUGACUGUUCAAAAGCAUCGAUAAAAGAUAGAGAUGGAGAAAUGUAUUUCGUGAUAUUACCAGCGAGCAGGUUAAGAAGAUUGGUACCCAUACCCGCGGUCGUUUGGAGAAGUAACUUUUUAGCCGGAUACGAACCGGGAUUGGAUGCGACGGCUGUUUCGAUCGGUCCUUCGAAUUCGGUUGUCAGCACCAUAUUGGUACUACCCGGACAGCAAGGAUUAAUUGCACCGGGUGAUACUUUGGCAAGACUAGAACAUCAUUUACUCGGUUCUCCUUACCAAAAAGGACACUGGUCUAGGCUUUUACGUAGUUUACUUCCUAGACCCGGUUUGGAAUUACAAAUACCGCGGUUGUCUCAUAAAUCAGUCAUAAACGUGACAACGUCACUUCAAAGAAUGGGUUUAAAAGAUCUUUUCAGUGCGGAUAAAGCCGAUUUGACGGGUCUUAAUGGAUUGGCCAACGAUUUGCAUUUAUCAGACAUGUUACAAGUGAAUCUUUUUAGCACGUGCGGAGAAGAACCAAUCGGAUCUCGACAUCAUUCCGAAGUUUAUCCGGCAACUGCAGUUUUAAGAAGAGAAAAAAGCGCGGAUGGAAUUUUACCAGAAUCUCUCGAUAGUUUAUUUGCCGUGUCAGAUUUCGAAGAUCCGGCCAUAUCCUCACUCCCACUCGAAUUGAGACCGAGACAAGCACGCAUACCAUUAUCGAAACCCGGUGCUAGAAUUCCAGAGCCUCCCAGAUUAAGGUUCGAUAGACCUUUCUUAUUUUUUGUAAGGCAUAAUCCCACCGGUCUCAUUUUACACAUGGGAAGAUUUAAUCCGAGAUUAAUGCCUUGA